AUGGCCACAUCAGCAAUCGCGCUCUUCACAGACUUCGGCUUUGCCUUCCCUGCUCCGUGGGAGAACCAAUCGCUCGACCCGAUCGUGCAGAACCAACCCAUCGUCGUCCUCGGCGCCGGCACCAACAUCGCCACCUUCUUCACCCGCCUCGCCACCCGCGUCCUCGGGAUCAAGAACAUCAUCGCCGUCGCCGGCCCCACUAACACCGCUACGCUCCUCCGCGCCGGCGCAUCGCAGGUCUUCGACCGCCAGCUGCCGCAAGACGAACUUGUGGCGCGCGUACGCGCUGCAGCUGGCGGACAGGACAAAGUGGUCCGCAUCAACGACUGUGCGUCUUGGACGCAUGAGCUCGCUGCCGCCCUCCUCUCCCCGUCAGGGCCGAGUCGACUGGCGGCGUUGCAUCGUGUCGAUGAGGCGAAAGUUCAGGAGAGCAGGCCGUUGUGUAAGGCGACGCUGGUGCAGAACACGAAUCUCAAUUUGGGGAAGCAUGCGGUGGAGUUCUGGAAGACGCUGCCGAAGUGGGUGGAAGAGGGGAUUGCGGAGCCGACGGCGUUCAAGACGCUGGAUGGACUUGAGAGUGUGGAUGUGAUUAAUGCUCAGCUGGACGACUACGCGGCGGGGAAGCCGGGUAAGAAGUUGACUGUGCAUCCCUGA